CACAUAGCCUAUCUUUUGUGCUAUACUGCUUGUCAUAAUAUGUCCAGGCAUUCAGACGUCGACGAUACAGCAUCCGAUUCCGAUGUCUCGGAACUUAACAACCAUGAUAUCGGUGCUUCUUCAAUUGCUGUGACGCAAUUAGGAUUUGCAGAAGAUCCCGAAGAACCACUUACAGCCGAAGCUUUUCCUAGUAAAUCGGGUGGCCUACCACUAUGGCUAAACCCAGAGCACAUUCUUCAAGAAGUAAUAUGCCAGGUUUGCGAAAAGCCUAUGAACCAUCUUAUACAGCUCUAUACACCGGAGGAUCAUCCGGCUGAAGCAUACCAUAGAACUGUCUAUGUCUUCUGCUGCAAGGACGGUGCUUGUCACAAGAAGAAUUGGAAGAAAUGCUUCAAGGUGUUCCGAAGUCAAUUGCCACGACAGAAUCCUUACUAUAGCCCAAGCUCAGAAUCAGACUCGGAAGACGAUGACAGCUGGGAGCCAAAGCAAUUUGAUGCUCCACGUUUGUGCUCCAUUUGCGGUGUUCAAGGUACGAAGACCUGCGGAAAAUGCCACAACGAAUAUUACUGCUCACGAGAGCACCAAUUGGCUGACUGGACCUUCGGCGGACACAAGCAAACUUGCUGCCAGACUCUGUCAGAAACACAGCAUAAAGACAUCACAGCGAAGCGUAGGCAAUUAGUGUUUGCUGAGAAGGAGAUAGUGAGCGAACCUGAAGGUCGCGGUGAAGAUGGAGAAGAAGAAGACGCACAACAGGAGUUUUCAAAGGAACAUAAUGGUGCCACUGAAAGCCGUGCAUUGGUACCAGCUGGUGACGAAAUCUACGAAAAUACUGAAGUUGACGUGGACCAAGCUUUUCUUAAAUUUCAGCUCAGAGUCCAACUUUACCCUGAGCAAGUGAUUCGAUAUACACGUACAGAAUAUGGACAGGAAGACGCUGAGCCUCUGUGGGUAAGCGACAAGGGAAAGCCAGAUCCCAAGGUCGAUGUGCCAGCAUGUGCAGCUUGUGGAGCGGAGCGAACGUUUGAAUUCCAAAUCCUCUCGACUCUCCUCAACUACCUCGGCGUGAGCCAUGUCGCAACUGAUUCCCUUGACUGGGGCUCACUGUAUGUAUAUACCUGCAAAGAUAAUUGCCCCACUCAAUCCAAUUAUAUAGAAGAAGUGUUAUGGAAACAGGAUUUCUCAGAAGAAGGUGUUCAGCUUCCAACCGCUCGACCGGAUGCUGUGCGUGCUAAUGAAUAGUUUGUAAUAAUAAAGAUGCAUGAAGGAAGUUAGUUUAACAUAAGGUACAA